AUGGUGGGAUUUGGGGAUGCUGACCUCCCCGUUCCCUCUGGCCCUGACCUGAAUGCCCCCACCAUUCCUCCACUCCACCUUGGACCAGUGGAUGACACUGAGCAAAGACUGCCAGAGGACCCCCCAUCCCUGGACGCAGCCAUCCAGCAUGCCCUGGCAGGCCUCUAUCCCCCUUUUGAGGCCACGGCGCCCACCAUCCUGGGGCAGGUGUUCCGUCUCCUGGAUUCUGACUUCCAGGGGGAUGGGCUGAGCUUCCUGCUGGAUUUCCUAAUUCCUGCCAAGCGCCUGUGUGAGCAAGUGCGUGAAGCAGCCUGUGCCCCGUACUCACACUGCCUCUUCCUGCAUGAGGGCUGGCCUCUGUGUCUGCGGGGUGAGGUCGUGGUGCACCUGGCCCCCCUCAACCCCCUCUUACUGCGCCAAGGGGACUUCUAUCUCCAAGUCGAGCCCCAGGAGGAACAGUCUGUCUGCAUCAUGAUCAAGUGCCUCUCCUUGGACCUCCGCACAGUGGACACAAAACCCGUUCCUGUGUCGUCCUACCCUAUACUUUUCACCCAGACGUGGCUGGAGGCCAUCAACAGUGACUUUGAGGGAAGUCCCCUACACAACUGCCUUGUCGCUUCAGAGGAUGGAGUUGUCCCUGUGCCCUGGACCAAGAUAACCAGCCCGGAGUUUGUGGAUGACAGACCCCAAGCAGUGAAUGUCCUCUCCCUGGCCUGGGGGUCCCUUCAGUUAGAGGCCCUCGAUUUGAGCCGCCCUCCCGAGCUGCACCAGCCCAGUUCCCCAGGCAGCCAGGUGCUGCUUGCCCGGAGCUUGGCCAAGGGCAAGGGCAGGACAUAUGGAAACAAGUACCCAGGACUCAUCAAGGUGGAGCCAGCCAGGCCUGGGGAGGUGGCUUUUAGGAUGGACCAUGUGGUCAGCCAGGACUUGGAGGGAGACUAUGUGGUCCUCCUGGAGAGCAGAGGAGGGUCUCCCAGUAGGGAAGUGGAGACAUCCAGUGGGUGUCCUUUGGGGGCACUGGAGGAACUCUCCAAAACUAAGGAAAUCCCUUUCUCUCAAAGAACGCCACCCCUCUCAGGGACCAAUAGGGGACCUUCCUUGAAAAAAUGGGCUUGUGAGAAGCCAGCAAGCUCAGAAGAGGAGCCCUGCAUUUUGGGCUUGAGGAGAAAGGUCAGCCAUAAAGUUGACUCACCCACCCACGACUCAGAACACCAGCCCCAGGAGCCCUACCUCAACGUCCUUGAGAAACCACUGCCCUGUGCCUCUGGCCUCGAGGCAGGUGGUUCAUCUUCCUCCAAGAUGCAGGGACCUCUGGAAAACCCAGAAGAUGUGGUGCAGCCCAUGCCUGAACCAAAGCAAGCAUCCUCCCUGCUCCUGUGCCCAGCUUCCCCUCCUGCUGAAGCCAAGAUGGAAGAGAGGACCAAACAGGGCCAUGGGAGACCUCCCAAACCUGGGACUGGCCCCAGUCAGAAUACCUCCUCUUCCAGAUCCCCCACUCCUGGGCUCAGAUUCUCCUUCUUGAAAGGGCAAAGGCAAGCCCCGGGGCCUCCAGAGAAAGCCUCACUCCAGCAGGACGGGCCCUGGAAAGUCUUGUGUUCACUCUACUCUCCCAAACCUCACCGAGCCAAGUGCUUGGGGAAAGCUGGAACAACUCAGACCAAAACAUCUGGCCCAGCCGCUGACUCAGGCCCACUGACCGGGGAAAAGCCUGGCUUCUCAGAAGGCCCUCCAGAAAGAGGCACCACUCUGGAUGAGGAAUCCCCAGGGCCUGAGCCCAGGAUUGGGGCUCUGAAUGUGGAGAUCUUCCAGUCAAGGAUAGCAUGCCUGCCAGGGGGUCGGGACAGGGCAGGGAGGCCCCUGCUCCUGGUGUCAACCACCGAGGGGGCCUGGGAGGCACCGUGGUGCACAGCAUCAGAGGUCACCAAGCUGCUGUCCUGCCUGUGCACUGUCCCCAGGCCUGAAGAUAAAACCAAGGGACUGGCGGUUGUGAUUGAUGCCAGGAAACAGCCCCCACACCCUGGUCUGGUCAGUGCCCUGCAGGCCACCCAGGCUCUGGCCCCAGCCUCCAUCCGUGCUGUGCUCUACCUGGGGGACAAGGAGGCCGCUGUCCAGCUGGAGACACUACCUGACAUCCAGGUAGAGGUGGUGACCUCACUGAAGGCUCUCAGCCACCACGUGGACCCCAGCCAGCUGCCCCCGGCCCUGGAAGGCCUCCUCCCCUACUGCCACAGCGAGUGGGUGCAAUUCUUUCAGAAGUUGGACCCUUUCCUUGCUGACCUCCGCCGGGCCUCCUCCUUUCUAAAGGCUUCCAUCAGGCAAUUUGAGAAGAGCGACCCCCCUGGAGGGGUGCAGGAGGCCUCCAGGUGUCUCAGCAAGUCCAAGGAGCUGAUGGAGGCCGUGCUGAGGGACCCAGGCCUGCUGGGCCUCCAGCGGGAAGGGGGAGCCACUCUGGCCAGGCUGCGGCAGGAAGCUGGUAGGCUGGACUUCAACCCUGACGUCAGGAGCCAUCUGGCCGAAGCUGUCGCCUUGUACGGCCUCGUGGAUGAGCAGCUGCAUGUCCUGGUCACUGCAUCUAACCACCUCCUGGGGAGGUUAGAGCUCCGCAUCCGCCUCGGCCGCCUGGAAGCUGCCAUCCACCAGGUCAGCAACUGGAUGGAGCAGGAGGGGAGCUUGUGCCUGCAAGUGCUGAGCCUCAAAGACAGAAGCUUGGAGACUGUGGAGAAGGCCCAUGCGGACUUUGAGGACUUCUUCGUUCAGGCUGCAGCCCAGUACCGCCGCGGCCUGGAGCUGUCCAAGCAGGCCGCUCAGCUGGGAGGCACCAGCGAGGCAGGAGGAGCAGAGUCCCGGGAACUGGCAGCCUUCGCCUCCGCCCAGCGGGCCUUCCAGGCUAAGCUGACCCACUUCUACAUGGCGGCUGAGCGGCAGCGCACAGACCUGGAGACACUACUCCACCUGCACCACUUCUGCAAGAAGAUGACCUGGUUUCACAUGGACUGUCAGGACCUGAUGAGGCAGCUCAGGCUGGGCAAGGCCCAGAGGGCCAGCCCUGGGGACCAGCGUCGCCUCCACCGCUACCUGCAGCGACUGGCGUCUGAGUUUCCUGCCGAGAAGCUCACUGCCAUGGGGCUACAGGUGGCCUCGCUGAGCCAGGAAGGCCUGGGCCAGGACCUGUGGGAGGAGGCCCAGCUGAGACACAAGGAGAUCCAGACCUUCCUGAAGAAGGCCCUGGCCCACUGCCCAUGCCCAGCAGGGCCCACGGCCCGCUCAGCAGCCCCGGAGCUAAAAAGGGUAGCUGCCAGGGGCCAGGGUCUGAAUGGAGAUGUCACUUCCAAGGAAAGGUGGGGCCUGCCCCUCCAGGACUCACGGGGCCUGGAUCGUUUGCCAAAUCCCUGUUGGCCUCGUGCCCCCAGAGAGGGGCAGAACCGAAAUUUGCAGGCAGGCCUUCUGCCCCCAGAAGCUGGCCAGGCCAUAGAGGCUGAUGAAGGCAAAGGCCCCCAUGAGCCAUUUCCCUUUCUAGCCCCUGAGCGCUUCCUUGACCCCCUCUUCUCCUGGCAGGGACUCCCCAGGCACAGUCAGACCCCCCAUCCCACUGGGGGCAGCUUCUCCUCAGACUCACAGACGUCUCUGGAGGACUCACCCCAGAUAAGUCCCCCUGCAUCCCUCUAG